UCCAUCCAUCAAUGCAUCAAAGGCGUCGGGCAAACCCUAAAACGUGGCUUCCAUGCAUGGAUUGGUCCGGAGCAGCACACGUUGGGCCUAAGAUUACAUAUUGGUUCUUAAUUCCCUACCCUACUGCUACUACUACUACUUGAUUGAGGUUGAGUUGAGAGACACAAACAAGCAGAAGAGAAAAGAGAGGAAAGCUCAAUUGGCACUGGGUAGUAGAGAUAAUGUUCUACAGAGGAUAUGGAGAUGUUGGCAAUAGGUAUGAAAUGGGUCCAAAGCGGCAGCGGGUGAUUGAUCAGGGUUCUUCAUAUGGGACUUCUCCUGGUUCUGGUUUUAUGUAUAAUCCUUCUCCUUAUUUCUAUAUUGGCCAGCCACCUCCUUUCCCUGUUGUCCGACUUCAAGGCCUUCCAUUUGACUGCUCGGAAGCUGAUAUUGAAGAGUUCUUCUAUGGUCUUGACAUAGUUGAUGUUCUUUUUGUCCACAAGAAUGGGAAGUUCACAGGGGAAGCUUACUGUGUUUUGGCAUAUCCUCUUCAAGUCAAUUUUGCUCUUCAGAGGAAUAGGCAGAACAUUGGCAGGAGGUAUGUCGAGGUUUUCAGAAGCAAAAGGAAGGAAUACUAUAAGGCCAUAGCAAAUGAAGUUUUAGAGUCACAUGGUGGUUCACCUCACCAAAGUGUCUUUAGAGCAAAAUCAUUUGAUAAUGGAAAGGAUUCAGCUGAACACACAGGGGUAUUGCGAUUGAGGGGAUUGCCAUUCUCAGCUGGCAAGGAUGAUAUUAUGGAUUUCUUUAAGGAUUUUGUACUUUCAGUAGACUCAAUUCAUAUUACGGUUAAUUCGGAAGGAAGGUCAACCGGGGAAGCUUUUGUGGGAUUUGCAAAUGCAGAAGAUUCAAAAGCUGCAAUGGCAAAGGAUAGAAAGACACUUGGAAAUCGCUAUGUAGAGCUUUUCCCUUCAUCGCAUGAGGAGUUGGAUGCAGCAAUUUCGAGGGGCCGAUCCAACAUUUCUUGUAAACGAAAAUCUUCUGAUGAGGGGAAGGAUUUAGCUGAACAGCUGGCAAGGGUGACAUUUUAGAUUUCUUCAAAGAUUUUGUGUUGUCGGAAGAUGCGAUUCACUUGACAUUUAAUUGGGAUGGGAAGCUAACUGGUGAAGCAUUUGUGGAGUUUGCUGGCAUGGAGGAUUCAAAAGAAGCAAUGGCUAAGGAUAGGAUGACUCUUGGGAGUCGUUAUAUAGAGCUGUUUCCGUCAUCAUUCGAGGAGUUGAUUGAAGCACUUUCAAGGGGACGGUGACUUUAUUCAUCCAAAAAAAAAAAAAAAUUACUGACUUUACAUUUUUGGCCUUUUAAGUUGCUAUUUUAUACUAAUGAUAUUUUACUUGAGGUAUAAAGAUAUUUUUUGGUGUGUUUAAUUAUUUGCCAAAACUUUGGAAGAAACUUAUAUUGCAAAUUACUGCUUUAGAGUUGUCAAUCUUGGUCAAAUCAGAUUAUGACAGCCAACUUGUCACUUAUGAUGCUUGUAUGUUGCUCAAGUUAGUAUUGAAAAGCAAUAAUGGCUGCAUUAUCAGAGGAUGAUUUAGUCAGGAUUGUACCUAAGGUUCCUUGGGAAAUAGACUUGAUAUAAGCUUUUGCCUCUUCUAAAGGGUUUUUUGCUCAA